CUUGCUCGCAGCCUGGCAGAGCAGCGGAGGCAGCUGCAGCGGGCGGCCACAUCUGGAGAGAGCCAGGCAGGCGAGCAGAUUAGAGAUGUCUGCACAGAGGUUAAUUUCCAACAGAACAUCCCAGCCAUCUUCAUCCAGUUCUGAUUAUACUUGGGAAUACGAAUAUUAUGAAAUUGGACCAGUUUCAUUUGAAGGCCUGAAAGCCCAUAAAUAUUCCAUUGUCAUUGGAUUUUGGGUUGGCCUUGCUGUCUUUGUGAUUUUCAUGUUUUUCGUACUGACCUUGCUGACCAAAACAGGAGCACCGCACCAAGAAAAUGCAGAACCUUCUGAAAAGCAUUUUCCAAUGAAUAGCUUUGUUACAGACUUUGGAAGGCCUCGGGAGCCGGAUAAGGUAUUUUCUCGCCCAGCAACCGCUGAGUCCAGAUUCCUAUUCCACUGCUACAUCAAUGAAGUAGACCAGUUGGAUAAGCCAAAGACAAGUCACAAAGCGACAGCAGUGGAUGCUGAUGAGCUCUUCCAGGAGGGAUCCAGAAGCAGUGGGAGACCAGAAGAGGAGGACCUAGCCCAGAUGAGCAAAUUCAACAUCCCCAACUUCGUGAACACUGACCCAAACUCCUCCUUCGGGGAGGAUGAUCUCCUGAUUUCUGAGCCACCAAUUGUUCUAGAAAACAAGCCAAUAGCCCAGACCUCCCAUGAAGUCCUAGAUUAAGAAAUAUUCGCUAAAGGAUGGAGUCUUUGGAAUGUCAUGGGUCCAAGUAUUGCUUCACAAGGGAUUUUCUUCGUGGGCAGCUUCAGAUUUGUUUCAGUGUGUGUGUGUGUGUGUGUGUGUGUGUGUGUGUGUGUGUGUGUGUGUGUGUGAAAGAGAGAGAGAGACAGAGAGACAGAGUGGGUGUGAAUGUGUGUGUACUUGUAGGUACACCUAUGACUUAAGCAGAAGGCAAUGCAACAGUGAAUUAGUACUUACGAGACCUCGAGGUUUGGUGUUUUGGAUUUUUUUGUGGAAAAGAAUUUAGACUAUCACACUUUUGGUGGGUUGGAAAUGGUUUAAUCCCUUAUAAAUUGGGAGGCAGUCUGCAUAGUGGAUAGAGAACUGGAGGUAGAGUCAGGAAGACCCACAUUCAAGUCCUCCCUCUGACAUACACCGGCUGUGUGAUCCCAGUCAAGUCACUUAACUUCUCAUUAUUCUAGGCAACUCUAGAAGACUGUGAGCCUUAGAAAGUACCAGCAUGCUUUGGUAGAGGGUAUUUCUCAACCAGGAGUUCAUCCCCUUCGUCGAAGAAAUCACAGGCCUAGUUCCUAUCCCAUAUAUUAUACUAGUUGGUUUAAGUCUUUAUAGGAGAGGCUGUGUUAAGCCAGUGUGAAUGAAUGAAUACCCUGUCCUCUCCUAUUUUGGGAGUCUACAAAAAGGGCCUUACCACUGGUGGACCCUUUGCCCAAUUAUUGAACAUAGCUCUUUGUGUAGAGGUAUAGCAGGAGGCAGUAGGGGUGUGCCUGAGGGGUAAGAAUCCAUCUCCUAAGAGCAUCACAGUUAGCCAUUAACCAAAGUGUCAACUGCUUUGUCCUACACCAGGUGUUCUUACUCUACUGGAUACACCUGCUGUAAUUUCCCCAAAGAGUAAGUGGUGGGAGUGGCUGGUGUGGGACUUUGUGACAGUGAUACAGACCUGAAUUCAAAUCCUGUCUCAAACACUCGUUAGUUGUAUGAAACUGACAAUUCAUUGAACUCAGUACCUCACUUUGCUCAUCUAUAAAAGGGGAUGAUGAUGAUGAUGAUGAUAAUAGGAUCCACUUCACAGGGCUGUU